GAGUAGUCCCGCGCAGCCAAUGAGAACGCGCGUGGGAUUUUCGGGCGGCGCGAGGUGGCUUAAAGGCCAGGCGUAAGGUGCUGCAGGACCAGCGGCCGAAGCGGGACCUGGAGGAAGCAUGGAUGCAAGCGGGGAAGGUGUUGUGCUCGUGGCUGCUGUCAGGACCCCGGUCGGUGAGUGGGAGGGCGCGCAAGGCCGGCUGCGGCGGCUUGGGGGGGGGGGAUAUUUCACCCAUUGGAGACGCUGCGCUUCCUUUCUGAUCUUGAUCAUUGAUGGAAACCUCCAAAAUGUAUUUUGCCUAGUUAGGUUUUUACCUCUAUCUUCAGCCCAUUUUAUUUUAUUCUAUUGCUUAUGGCUAGUGGCUGAUGCAAAUAAGGAUUCUUCUGACCUGAACUUUCUGAUCGCGGCUGGAAAGCGAAGCAAUCGCUAUUGCAGUGCCUCUCCAGUAUCAUUUUAGCGCCCCUCCAGUUGAGCUGUAGCCCAUUUCUCGUGGAAGGGGAACUGCAGACUCGAAGGGUGGGAGCAGUUUAGAUUGGCCAGCGCUUCGUGGUUUUAAGAGAGGACGAAGAGCGCGAGAAUCCGAAGAUGAGCUGUCGUUUUGAUCCAUUAGACGUCAUCCCAAAUCAACGUCCUUGUUGGCCCUAAUCCAAAGUUAAAUAACAUUUUUUGCGAUUGCAACUACAUGAAAGGUGGGCGUCUUGUAAAUUUUGACUAAACUCUUCUCUGUUUUCAUGAGGACUGCAAGCUUUUCGAGCCAUUUUCCCCAGAUCGCCCAAACCUAACCGUGCAAACAUGUCAACUCGGAAGCCAGCCGGCCGCGUUGAGUUCAAUAGAACAGGCAACCUAAUCUUCAUUUCGGAGUUUCUAAUUUUCGUGGAGUACUUGUGGCGUAGAGCCGGUGGUAAAUAUUAACGUGGCCACUUCAGGCUCUGCCUCUCUCAAGUGAUUGGGUAGGAACUGUAGAGCCACCGGGUGCAGCAGCCCUGUGAUUGCUUCGUGAGAGGCGCUGACGAAUCGCGCUCUUCCUCCGAUUGGCCUGCGCCGGGUAGAACCAUGAAAGCUCGGCCCGCUUCUGUUCUCUCAUUAGAUUAACAGAACCUAAUGCUGCUCUUUAGCCAGUCCUCUGCAAAGAGAUAGCUGCAAGGUAGAAGCAGUGCCGGAUUUACGGAUAAACUAAUCAAGCUAUAACUUAGAGCCCCACUCUCUUGGGGGCCCCUAAAAAAUUUAAAGGAAAAAAACCAACCUGAAUGUACAUUUCCAAAAUAUAGGAUAAAAAACAAAUGAAAUAAAACCUACAUACAGCAACAGUGUUUUGUGUUGUGUAGGCUCCUAUAAUGUAAGUAAUGGGCCCUGCCUGCUAGCCUGCUCCCUAAAAUAUCACUGGUUUGCUCAUUUAUAUACAUAGGAUUCCUAUGAUGUAAGUUAUUUUGAUAAAAUACAUAUUUUGUUAUGUGCAAAUGGCUUUAUAUACCUAUUAGAUCCAUAAAUUACUAUAUAGCAUAUAUUCAACACAAAAAAACCAGGACAAUUUGUUGUUGACAAAGGACAGCUGGACAUCUAAAGGGCCCCAUUACCUUCAGUAGCUUAGGGCUUCAUCAAACCUAAAUCCAGACCUGGGUAAAAGAAUGUGGCUCUUGGGUCAUGUGACAAUGUCCUUGGAGAGGGGGAUCCAGGGUCGGCAAAGCUGGAAUGCCAACUCCUGAUCUCAAAAAUGCAGCUCGACUACCUCUGAACAUGUGCAGAGUUGUUUUCAACAUUGAUUACAUGUGGCAUGAGGGGCAUGUUUCCUCUGUGUGUAACUGCAGGACAAAAUAGAUUAUUGCCUCUACUUUAAUGCAGCCUCUUAUCUGCUUCGAAAAGUUUACUCUUUUGUCUUCUAUUUAAAAAUCAUCUUUCCCCACUCUUGAUAGUUUAUUUUUUUAUUCUCCAUACUAACUUAAUAUUCACACUGGUUAUUGCACAACUUAGCUUUAAUACAUCUGCCUCUCUUUUUUUUAUUUGGCUUCACGCCAGAGUUUCCAGUUUGACAAUGAAUACCUUUUUUUAACCCAUUUUGCACAAAGCAAGAGUGAAGAGCGGCACAGGCAGUGUGUGUGUUGUGGGGUAUGUUGCAUUGAGGAGAGAGUGCUUUCCCACCCCCAAUUUAGAUGAUUUUGAGCAUGAAUGACUGAAAUUGAAAGACAGCAAAAUAGAAACCAAACCAAAGGGAGCCUUUAUUUGCAUAAUACUCAAUCAUGGGCGUAACCAGGGGGGAUUGGGAGGCCAGCUGCUCCCCCCCCCCCAUGAUCAAUUAAAACAAUAAAAAUACUUAAUUAACUGAAGUUCUGCCCCACCACCACCACAUGAAGCCUGCCCCCCAACAAUAAGUCUGCUCCCACCAACAUAAAUCCUUACUUAUUGGGAGUUAGUCUCAUUUAAAUUAAUGGACAAGAUUGUUUCACUUAUGCACAAAGAUUUACUAGGAAACAUAAUUUGAGUCAUAUGUACAAUUCCAGUUAUGCAACACCGCACCCCAUAUUACUUCAUUUACAUAUGCCUUACUGGACCUGGAUUCACAAACCUUUUCCUAAAGUACUUAUUUUGUGGUUGAAAAAGGCCUGUCUGUAGUAUAACAACUUAACUUGCAUUUUAUCUAGGAUCCUUCAAUGGUGCCUUGUCUACUUUGCACGCCCAUGAGCUGGCUUCCGUGGCCAUCAAGGAAACCUUGAAGAGGGCAAAAAUUGAACCUAAAGAAGUAUCUGAGGUUAUAUUUGGACAAGUCUUGGCUGCAGGUAUGUCUUAAGUGAACCAGUUUUCUCUGGUGCUGGUCUGGAAUCUGUUUUGCCCUCUUCACUAGGGCUUUUGUAAUACUUAGACAAGAUAUGCAUUUAUACUAUGAGUCAUAUUUUUAAUAUUCCUCUACUGUACAGCUCACCUUCUCUUCCCCUGUGUAAGUAGGGUUGCCAGCUUACAGCAAGUUGUCUUGUAACCUUUCAUUGCCCCUGGCAGCCAGAGAUGAAGCAACUGUGACUGCUCCUUCUCUGGUCCUGCCAUCUGCCCUCUCUGUCACAACAUAUAGGACUCCCCAUGUGCCACAUCAGUCAGAACAUGUGGUGGGCCACACGGCCAGAGAAGAGGCUUCAUUGGUAAGCCACAGCUCUCUCACCUCUUGCAGCACCGAGGGUAUUCAAGCUACAACAGUUUGCUGGAUUGCAACCCUACUUACCAUUUUUAUUCAUCUCAGUGCUGGUAUAUCAGAUUUCCUGAGAGCAAACACUUGGGUUUUAUUUGUGAGCAAAUGGUAGCGAACAUCCUCAUUUACUCUAAUUCAUUUAAUUUAAAUCUCAGAAGGUAAUGCCAAAAUAACCUUACCUCAGGUUGCAUCAUAACUCAUGGGAAGUUGGUUUAUAAGGGAGCAGUUGUCUUUUAAGGAAUAGUUGCUUAGUAGGAACAGUUUCCCUUACCUUGAAAGGUCAGCAUCUAGAGUUUGAAAGCCUGUCACAGCACAUCCCUACAUGCUAACCAAGGGGUGGGGAGCUUUCUUCAGACUGAGGGCAGCAGUCCCUUCUGGGCAACCUUCCAGGGGACGCAUGUCAGUGGAGAGGGGGAAAGAGCAGAGGGAAAAGUCGAUGGAGCAGUUGAGGUGAAUUUGUACAGUAGGCUACUUUCUCCACACUCGCACAUCCCUCUCUAUCCUCCACCCCAUGAGCCAGAUAAAGAGCUCUGAAAGGUUGUAUUUUGCCCUUUGGCCUGAAGUUCCCUGCCCUCCCUCAUUCUGCGAAUGAAUCUUAUAAAAAUGUUCCUUGCCCACUCCUGAGUUUCCAAUCCACAAUAAUCCUAUUCACUACCUAUGCUCCCCCUGAUACCUUGUCAGUCCCUAACCCCGGUUCAUACUUUCUACCUAAUCCCUCACUUGCUGAGCCCCUCACAGUCUUCCCCAAUCCAAGCUAACCUGAGAUGGUCUUCCACGGUUAAGCGUCCUCUAGUAGACAGUUGGGGGAGGGCUGAGGUGACAUAGGGUGCCCUCAUAACAAUUCUAAUUGGCAGAACUGUUGUGCAGGGUUGAAAAGUGGUCAGGAAGCAAGGAGGUUUUAUUUUGACUCCUGGAAGGUGCCCAGAAAAAGAACAUGGAAGAUGGAGGGAAGGUGCAGAAGUUGUGUCAGUGGAACGUGGGAGUUCAAAACUAAAUGAAGCCCGGCUCAUAGGAAUGUUGUAAUUUAUCCUGAAGGCACAGAAGCCCCAAAUCAGAUGUCAGGGAAGAGCAGAAAACACUCUUGACACCAGAAAAUCCAGAGCAGAGGUGACUUGAGCAACCCAAAGGCAGGUGUUCAAAUGCAGAAUUAAGUGUAGGUUUUGGAAAGCAGUGUCUGGUUCUGCAAGCAAGAGCCAGCUAUCCACUUAAGAACAAAACAGGAUGCUUGAGAAUAUUGUAGCCAAAUGGUGUCCUUUUUGCCUUUUCAUAUGGAAAGGAAUGGGGAGGGCCGAAAGUUGGGCAGGGGGAAGGAAUGAGAGCAACUGAGCCUGGUUGUCUCUGCAUGCUGAUGAAUUCUUUCUAUUUCUGCAGGUGCUGGUCAGAAUCCUGCCCGACAAGCCAGUGUCGCCGCUGGGAUUCCAUAUGAGAUACCUGCUUGGAGCUGCCAGAUGAUAUGCGGUUCAGGCCUGAAAGCCGUUUGCUUAGGCGCUCAGUCCAUAAUGAUAGGAGAUUCCAGUAUUGUAGUGGCUGGAGGCAUGGAAAGCAUGAGCAAGGUGAGGCUUUUGCUGUUCAUAAAAGGGCCUUAGUUGGUUUUUGCAGAUUAGUGGUUUGGAACAAUUCUCAGGGCAGAAAGAUUUGGACUAGUUCAGAAUAGCCAUUAUUUGCAUGGUGGAAUCAUUAUGACUGAAACAAGGCUGGGUCUAACAACAUCCCCAAGCUGUAGACAUGGGGCGGCAGAGAGAGUGUGUAAUUCAUUGGUUCAGUUAAGUAAAGUUAGACUCUGGACUUAAUUGACUUAAUGGGGGCUCCCCUCUUUAGAUGGCAAUCGUUUCACUUCAAAUCACAGUCCUGCUGUGUUAGAAGCCUUCCUGCUCAUUCCCCUCUCUUUUUGCCCUAAAGUCCUGACAUCAACGGGUGGUGCUGUGGGUUAAACCACAGAACCUAGGACUUGCCGAUCAAAAGGUCGGCGGUUCGAAUCCCCGUGAUGGGGUGAGCUCCCGUUGCUACCGCGGUCCCUGCUCCUGCCAACCUAGCAGUUUGAAAGCACGUCAAAGGGCAAGUAGAUAAAUAGGUACCACUCCGACGGGAAGGUAAACGGCAUUUCCAUGCGCUGCUCUGGUUUACCAGAAGCGGCUUAGUCAUGCUGGCCACAUGACCCGGAAGCUGUACGCCGGCUCCCUCAGCCAUUAAAGCGAGAUGAGCGCCGCAACCCCAGAGUCGGUCACGACUGGACCUAAUGGUCAGGGGUCCCUUUACCUACCUGACAUCACCAGUGGUGCAACCCCAUCCAGAACAGGUAGGAUCCUUUUCUAGUCAACUACUUCACCAACUGAGCAUACCUUGGAUGUCUCUGGAUUGACCAUUUGCCCAUGUAUGGCCUACUCAGAUCAUCAUCAGCCCUCCAAGGGCUCUGGAAGAGGUAUACCCUGUCACCUCCUACGCGAUUCUUUAAACUGGGGUUGCAUCUUCCAUAAGCGAACCUUGUACUGCAGCCCCUUCUGUAGACCUCAUUUGUUUACAGAAACCAGAAUAGCUGUGACAUGACGAGGGACUGGCCAGAAGAGACUUGAUUUCCACCCACCUCCAAACAACGUCAUUCUUAGAAUUCUAAAUGUGUCAAAAUGAUUUCCUUGCAGGCGCCUCAUGUCAUUCAUAUGCGCAAUGGGUUGAAGAUGGGGGAAGCCUCCUUGCAGGACACACUGAUCUUGGAUGGCUUGACAGAUGCCUUCUACCACUACCACAUGGGUAUAACUGGUAAGCCGCAUGAUUCUUCCAAAUGGCAUUGUCAAGUGGGUGGGGGAAGAGCCUAGUUCAAUAUUGGAUAUUAUUUUUAUUAAAUAUUAGAUGGACCAUUUCAGCUUUUGCAUUUCCUUCAGCAAUAGCUUUAAACAUUUAUUUAAGCAACAGGCAUACCUUUCCAACAAAAUAGAUUUGAUUGUGUCAUGAGUGAGUAAGCAUUGAACGUUGGAGGCAGCAGGUUCCCAUAUUUCGUUACUGAACUUUUGAUGCAAUUACAGCUGUGCUGUGCAUAUGGCAAUAUGACUCUUGCUGCAUCUUGAUAAUGAGUAUAUACUCCCCAACUCCUGGUUUCAGCUGAAAAUGUUGCCAAGCAGUGGCAGGUUAGUCGAGAGGAGCAAGAUCAACUGGCUGUACAGUCACAGAACAAGGCUGAAAAUGCCCAGAAGGCUGGCUAUUUUGAUAAAGAGAUUGUUCCUGUUCCUGUGCCUUCUAGGAAAGGUGAGUAUGUAUUCAUAGCAACACCUGUUCUGGGUACAGGGCAUAUGACUAGUUAUCAUGGUCUGUAUCUGUUUCUGUGCUUCAGUUCUUCCUCUGUUAUCAGGGAUAAUGAUCUAACUCAGAGGUGGGUGGAGUCUGACCCACAAGAUUAGUAAUUUACAUUGUCACUGUGAGAAGUAAAACGGAAAUGAUGGAUGGUAACCAUUUUACUGCUGUCGGGCUGCAAAGCAAUUUUUCAGAGGUCUCCUGUUUGAAACGGUUCUGAGCCAAUAUUUCCUGACCUUCUGAGAGCCAGUGUGGUGUAGUGGUUAAGAGCGGUAGUCUCGUAAUCUGGGGAACCGGGUUUGUGUCUCCGCUCCUCCACAUGCAGCUGCUGGGUGACCUUGGGCUAGUCACACUUCUUUGAAGUCUCUCAGCCCCACUCACCUCACAGAGUGUUUGUUGUGGGGGAGGAAGGGAAAGGAGAAUGUUAGCCGCUUUGAGACUCCUGAAGGUAGUGAUAAAGCGGGAUAUCAAAUCCAAACUCUUCUUCUUCUUCUGAAACUUUGUCUUAAAGUCUAAUUCAUUUAACAGUACAGUGGUACCUCGGGUUAAGUACUUAAUUCCGGAGGUCCAUUCUUAACCUGAAACUGUUCUUAACCUGAAGCACCACUUUAGUUAAUGGGGCCUCCCGCUGCGCUGCCGGAGCCCAAUUUCUGUUCUCAUCUUGAAGCAAAGUUCUUAACCCGAGGUAAUAUUUCUGGGUUCGCGGAGUCUGUAACCUGAAGCGUAUGUAACCUGAAGUGUAUGUAACCCGAGGUACCACUGUAAGUCAAAAGAGAGGUGGAACCUCAGAAGCCAAAGGUUCCAUGGGUUAACUCGAAGCAGUACUGUUGUUGCGUACCUUUCUACGUAUUGGAAGUAGACCGGAGCCCUAGGCAUUCUUCCGUGGGAGCACAGAGUUGCUAUGAGUUGUUGUGUGAGUGUGUCUCCCCAUUGUACUGCAGUGGAGGGCUGGCUCUGCAAGCACAGAGCGACUGCUUCCAUAGAAGUGAAUGGGAGAGGACAGGAUGGGGUAUGGGUUGGGGGCAGGGAGAUGAAUUUCCAUUUGGAUAGGGUACAGAGAUCUUAGGUUCCAUUUUAACUUCUACAUAGACAGUUGUUUCUGAAAUACUUGCUGCCUUGCAGGUCCAGUCGAAGUGAAAGCAGAUGAGCAUCCUCGCCCUGGUACCAAGUUGGAAACGGUGACAAAGAUCAAGCCUUUUUUUAUAACUGAUGGAACGGGAACUGUGACUGCAGCAAAUGCCUCAGGUUUGUUUAAGAUGUUAUAAACCAUUUUUAAUAGUGCGUUUUAAUUUUGUAACCCAUCCCAGGACCCGAGGGUGAAGGGUGGGUAAUUAAGGAUCAUAAUGGAUACCACUUAAAUAUAAUGCUUAAAAUGCAUCUGCUUCAAGUAAGUUUUAUUUAACUUCAGGCAGAUACAAUCGGGAAUACUUGGGGCAGGGGAAAGGCAUGUAUUUUCUCCAACCACAGCUUGGGGCAUUGCAGUGGGGUGGGGGAGGGGAAGGGGGAGGUGGUUGUUAGGCCUUUCCGCAGUAGAGACUUAGGACUCUACUAGACUGGUAAAGAAAAAACAAUUUAUAUGCAUUGUAUGUGUGAGAACAUUGUGCCACCAGAUGGCGACAUGGAGUCCCGUUUUUCUCUACCUGUUUUCCCUGUUUAAAUUUACAAUGCUAUAAACUGAAACGCUUCUUUGAUGUGUCUAGAUCCAGCCUUAAAGACCAGGACAAAGUACUGUUUGUAAAAUACAGUUUGCCAUGCAGAAUCCCAAAAGCCUCUUUUAAAGUGUUGUGUUGUCCUUCAAAGUUGAAAGACGUGUUUCUGUCCCUCAUGAACCCUCAAAGGGGAAAACUCAGUAUGGACUGAGCACGCUCAGUGGGCAUGGAAUGCUGAUGACAGACGGCGGGAGAAAUGGAAGCCCUGUAGGAAUGAGAUGGGAGUGUCCGGAAUUCUGUACAUUUUCUUGCAGGUCCUACUUGUAUAUAUAUGUAACCCGAUCUCAAAGUACUGUUGUGUACGUAGCCAAUGCAGCAGCACCAAGCUGGGAACCCCCACCUUUGUGGAAGUACAAAGAAAUGUAUAAAUCUUGAGGGGAAAUCUGCAAGGGGAGAACCCUCAAAACUUCCCAGUGAGGAAUAAGCGUGCUCAGUGGCCGCAGGAUGCUGAUGGACUGGGGCUGGGGGGAGGUGAGAAUGGAAAACUGGGAUGGAGGGAUAAGCUGGAAUGUUUUGAAUCCCGAACAGGGGAACUGAGCCAUACCGCAACAUUUUGUGACAGGUUACACUUCUCAAUAUACCAUCCUUAAACAAUUUGGUUCGCCUAGGGCUUGCCAAUCGGAAGGUCGGCGGUUCGAAUCCCUGCGACGGGGUGAGCUCCCAUUGCUUGGCCCCUGCUCCUGCCAACCUAGCAGUUUGAAAGCACAUCAAAGUGCAAGUAGAUAAAUAGGUACCGCUCCGGCGGGAAGGUAAACGGCGUUUCCGUGCGCUGCUCUGGUUUCACCAGAAGCGGCUUAGUCAUGAUGGCCACAUGACCCAGAAAAACUGCGGACAAACGUCUGCUCCCUCGGCCUGUAAAGCGAGAAGGGAAGUUUUUAAUCUGUGAUAUUUUACUGUAUUUUUGGUUUCUAUAGAAGCCGCCCAGAGUGGCUGGGGAAACCCAGCCAGAUGGGCGGGGUACAAAUAAUAAAUUAUUAUUAUUAUUAUUAUUAUUAUUAUUAUGAGCACCGCAACCCCCGAGUCCUUCGCGACUGGAUUAACUGUCAGGGGUCCUUUACCUUUACCUAAUACUGAUAACUUACUGAUGACUACAAUUUUGAAGAAGAUAAGUGUUCCUAUCAACCACUUUGAAGUUUUUUUUACAAUCAAGUGGUGUAUAAUUUUUAUGAAAUAAAUGACUAAAUUAUGACCGUUAUAUUUGUAUACAAGUCUCAUUUGCCAUUGCUUUCCAGUUGUGACGGGGGGGGGGGGGACUCUAGUAAUGUUUGUGGGGAAAUCUACCUGUUAAAUUUGGCACACUAGGGUCAUGGGGAUAAGGAUUUGGCCCACCGGCUAGAAAAAGUUAAUUCACUCCUGUGCUAAUAGGCAGCUGAAGAGCAGAGGGCAAAAGAUUUCUACUGUGGUAGUUCUAUCUACUUUCAGGUUUUACUCUACCUGGAGAACGCUUUCAAUGCCAUGUUUUGAGUCUCAAGCCGUGUCCCCUCUGUCUCCCCACUCCACUCCAUCCCAGGUCUAAAUGAUGGUGCUGCAGCUGUAAUUCUCAUGAAGAAAGCUGAAGCCCUUAAACGAGGUCUUGCCCCUUUGGCACGGAUUGUAUCCUGGGCCCAAGCUGGUGUAGAUCCUUCUGUCAUGGGGAUUGCGCCAGUCUCAGCCAUAAAGAAAGCUGUAAGUAAUAUAUCGGGAACAGGGCGAACCUUUUCAGAGUACAGUGGUACCUCAGUUUAAGUACUUAAUUCGUUCCGGAGGUCCGUUCUUAACCUGAAACUGUUCUUAACCUGAAGCACCACUUUAGCUAAAGGGGCCUCCCGCUGCCGCCGGGCCACCGGAGCACAAUUUCUGUUCUCAUCCUGAAGCAAAGUUCUUAAUGAAAUGAUUUUAGAAUGUUGUAUCAUUUUACUGUUGUUAGCCGCUCUGAGCUUUGGCUGGGGAAGGCGGCAUAAAAAUAAAAUUUUAUUAUUAUAUUAUUAUUAACCCGAGGUACUAUUUCUGGGUUAGCGGAGUCUGUAACCUGAAGCGUAUGUAACCCGAGGUACCACUGUAGCUUGUUAGUCCUGAGUAACUAAUCUUGUAUUAAACAUACUCUGCUUCCUCCCAAACAAUAUACUGUAUUUUUCCGCCUAUAAGACGCCCCCAUAUAUAAGAUGCCUGCUAUUUUAGGGGGCUCAGAUGUAAGAAAAUGGGGGAGGGGAGAUGUAUCUGUGUAUAAGACGCCCUUUAAUUUUUGACAUUUUUUAGGGGGAAAACCUAGUCUUAUAUACAGAAAAAUACAGUAACUUAAAAAACAUUUUGGGCAGUGCCAUUUUUCUAGAAAAAGAGGUGCUGGAACUCAUCAUGAACGCCUCCCUUGUUAUCCUAUAAUGGCAAUAGUGCCCACCUGAGAGGUGCCGGAACAAAGUUCUGGCUGAAAAAAAGCCCCGAUUUGGGGAAAUCUUCAGUUGAUGCUAAAUUACUGUUUUCCAAGCAAUGCACUCUUUAGUUUCUAUGAAUAAAUCUGAGACAUUGGCACACAUAGUUUCUGUGAGACUCAUGCUAUUUAAUGAGCCUAUGUGUAAAAUUUUACAUCUUCCAUGUUAAUGGGAAGGCUUCGAACAGUAUUUUUAGAGUCAAUAACAAACUGCCCAUCGCGUUACCCUAUUUUCCUAAUGUCUGGAAUCUAGUUGGUUAUAAUCUGCUUCUAAAACCUGAAGGCACACAGACCAACUUUGCUAAUUGCUUGAAGCCUUGAUGUUAAUUACUGGUUUGCCCUUCUGCAGCUGGAAAAAGCAGGUUGGACAGUGGAUCAAGUGGACUUGUAUGAAAUCAAUGAAGCCUUUGCUGCUCUAGGUUGUGCAGUAACAAAAGAGCUAAAACUGAACCCGGAAAAGGUACGUUCUGAAAGCUCAAUACUGGAAUCAUCUAGCCUUAUCUGACAAAGGGAGAGAUAAUUAGGUGCAGCCUCUCUCAGACAAGGUGGAAGGCAUUCAGAAUAAAUAUGCAUAUAUUGGGGGUUGGUGAAUAUAGAAGGGCUCAUUUCAUUUGCAGAAGGGGAUGAUUUGGGGGGUGGGGAGCCUCCUACUGGAAAAGUGUACACAGGUUUGGUGGGUGUUAAACUGUUGAGGGAAGGAGGAAUUUACAAAAGCUGUUUCCUUCCUCCAGUGCAGAAAUGGGGAAACUCAGGCCCAGGGGCCAGAUGCACCUCUCCAGGCCUUUAUCUGGUCCGAGAUUGACCUUGCCAGGCCAUACCACUCGCUCUCUGAAGAGUGAUUUUGCCUGCCAGGAAUGCGUCCUUUACUGCAAUGAGGCAUCUCAAUUACAUCAGAACUUGGUCACACCUCCAUGCCCCUCUUAGUAGCUCCACCAAGUCUAUUGGCUACCAGCCAUCGCUGGAAUGAAGGUCCCUGUGUUGCUUUGAAGCAACUGGGGGUCCCUCCCCUUGCAAAUAGACAGCUUACCUCCCUCAACUCCCAGGGUUGCAGCCAUUUUUUUCCUGGAAUAAAUGCUGCUCAUCAACACAGCUUUUAAAGAGAAUUCACAGAGUAUUGCUGCCAUACUAUUGCAUUAGUGACUUUCCUCACCCUAACUUGUCCUCUGGUCCUUUUUCUGACUCUAUCUGUAAUGGUUUUUAAAAAAAAUAGAGGUAAUCUCUCCAGUGAAGGCUGGUUAGAAUGUCAUUGAGGCAUCUCCAGUCUCGGACAUUGCUGUAAUUUCCCUUCUUGCCCCUUUGUCUGCCUUGUUCUAUGGUAUACUUUAUAUUUAACAGGGACACUUAAUUUUUGUGGCAGGUGAACAUUGAAGGUGGGGCUGUUGCCCUUGGCCAUCCUCUUGGAGCAUCUGGUUGUCGGAUCCUUGUUACGCUUGUGCAUGCACUGGAACGAACAGGUGGAAAACGGGGGGUUGCUGCUUUGUGUAUAGGAGGAGGGAUGGGCAUAGCCAUGUGUGUAGAAAGAUAAUCUAAGUGUUUCGGUAAUUCUGUAUUGCAUGGCUUCUAAUUAAAACAAACUGUCUUAACUGCCGCCUCUUCCUUCAAUUACUGUGACCACGUCACUAUCUCAGUUCCAUCACUGCAAAUGCUGUACCAACUUUAAAUUACUAGUACUGUGUUGUAUAUGGAUCUCAGUAUGUAUGACUUGUGUAUAUAGUCACGGGAUAAAUAUGGCUUAAAAUAGCCAAUCCCUCUGCUGGCUGCUGCAGAGAGCACCUUAGUGGGCAGAAUCAGUCUCUUGACUUCAGGAAAAGUUAAGCUGUUGCAUGCCCCACCCCAGCACAAAGCAAAAACCUUGGGUACUGCAACUUUAGCGCUAGGCAUGACUACACAGCAUUCCUUGGUGUAGAGAACCAAAAGCAUUGUACAGUGACUUCAGUUUAAGCCCUCAAAAGCUCUUAGCCACCUUGCAUUUUAUUGCGUGCUUAAAUAUCAGAACAAAUAUGAGGACACAGCCAUUUUUUAAUUUUAAGUAAUUAAGCAGAAGUGCAACAGCUUCAUUAACACACUUGUACAUACAAGACUACAAAGACUUUUACAGGAACAGUUGGAAUAAAAAUGCAUUUAGUCUUCAAUUGCUCCAGAAUGAACUGCAUCUUCAUAGCAUCCGCCUUUAUCACCUUUACUUUCAGGGUGAAGCUUAAUAACAUCAUCGAUUCGAAGAAUAGUAAUUGCAGCUUCUGUUGCAAACUUCAGACUCUUUGUUUUAACCACAGUAGGCUCAAAUACACCAGCCUGCUUGUUGUCACGUGGCUUUCCAUUGAUUAAAUCAAGACCAAUCCUUUAAAAACAAAGUUAAUUGUUUUAGAUAGGUACAUAAACUUUAGAUUGGUUUAAUAUUCCCAAAUGAAGAGCUAACUUUUAAUCCCAAUUUUGUAACAUUUUUGAUACAGCGAGAGCCAGUCAACAUUUAGUUCCUGUGCUCUUCCUCAAACUUUUAUCCAUUUUUGUCAACCUUGUACCUGAACGAAGUACACCACCAGAAAAACCUACCUUGGCAAAGCUGCCGCUACAGACACAGGGCUUAAGUCAUUUUUUAAAGAUGAUUUGUAUUGAGUGCUGGCAUAUUAAGACUAGAAUUAGCUAUAUGUCAUUGGGCUUGUGACAAACAAUUCCACUUCUUUCUGCACUGACACUUACCAUUUCAAGUUUUUGCGUUCUGGAUUCACUUGAGCUUCAUUGUGAAAUGCCCUGAGUUUUGCAACAAGAUCUAUAGCAUCUUGAGCAGCAUUGACUGCUAAAGUGUUUGGGAUAACCAGAAGCGAUCUUGCAAAUUCUGCAAUAGCAAGCUGUUCACGUGAUCCCUAAUUAAAAAAGAAUUAUAUAUUAGCAUUUCAGAACUAUAAUGCAAAAGAACACUGCCUUAUUAGCAAUAGUCUAUUGUGCUGAAAGUUAGUUGAAGUGAUCCCAUAUAGGUAUUCAGAAUAAACCUAUCCAUUUUUAAAAUCAAUCUUACAUUUAAAAAUUCCCAAUGCAUCUUUCAACAAUUAUUAAGUGAAUUAUGGCUGCUCUCAACUGAAAAAAAGAACUCCAAAGCUACAAUAAAACAAAGUUCACAGGCAGAAGUGUUUCCAAACAUUUAUUAACUAGAAACUUACCAUACUGGUUGCAUAAUUUUCUAAGUAAAUAGAAAGCGCUGCUUCAACUGCACCACCUCCUGGAACCACAGACUUUGACUCUAAUACUCUUUUGACAACACAAAGAGCAUCAUGCAAGGAUCGCUCCAUUUCAUCACACAUGAAGUCAUUUGCCCCUCGUAAUAUAAUGGCGGCUGUAGUCCGUGCCUUAGUACUGUUUCAGAAAGACAAAGUGAAAGGUCCUUAUUCCUGAGUUAGUUAUCAAAAAAUUUAAUAGCUAAUCUAACCAACCCCAUUUAGCUAUAUUUUUGAGUUACUCAUUUUUCAUUAUGUAGUUAACAACAACUGAAUUGUGUCCAGGUUUAUCAAGAAAAUUCAUGGUCUCAAACUAAUUACAGAGGACUGAAAAUAAUCUAUCCCACACAUAUAAAUGUUCACACAAUUAAAAAGGCACCAUGGCAACUAUCAAACAUGAAAUUUCAAAAGAUGUAGCAAAAUAUGCUGGUGCCAAUACUUUAUGCAAGAGAAUAAUUCUUACUUCUUGAUUAAGAUUAAUUCAUCAUCACAAAUUCUUUCUUGAACCACUUCUUCUGCUUGUCCCAACAUUGAUGCCUCAAAAGUUUCUUCACCUUCCAGAUUUGCCAGGGUUGAACACAGAGUAGCUUAUAAAAAAACAACACACAAACAAGGCCUUUAGUAUGCUUCACAAAAGCAACUUUCAUUGUGCCAAACAACCUCUCGUAUUUGGGUUUUUAAGGUCCAACAAGUGGCAGUAAGCAACGUGUUUCUACAUAUUUAACUUCACUACUAACAAGACCAGCAAGCUGUGAUGUUAAGCUGAGAUGUCUGUAGUUACCUCCAGAAGCCUUAGCGAUGCGUUUAAGAUCUCUUUUUAGAACUCUGCGUACUCCCAUGGCACCAGCAUCCGCAAAGUAUUUCAGACACAUAUCAUCAAUUCCACCAGUAGUCAAAACGACAUUUGCGCCUGUGGCCAGGAUCUUAUGAAUUUUCUCUUUAGUGAUGUCAGCCUCUCUGCAUGAGAGAGUAGGCAUGCAUUAGUUAAACAGAAACAAACUCAAAUAUGAAAUUAGUGGUUGAAAAGAUAAAAUACUCCAUAAAACGAACUGUUAUUUAAUGUGCGAUCUAUCUUCCCAAUUAUAUUAAUAUCCAUUUCAUAUAAAAUGCUUUCCAGACACACAUACAGGGCCUCUGCUAAAGAUCUUUAAAGAUCAAAAGUAGCAUUUUGAAAUGAGUUGGACGCCUGUGCAAUUGACAUGUGAUCAUAAUGCCCAGUCCCAUAUAAAAUCUUUGCAGAUGUAUCUCAGAUUAACUGCAGUUUCCAAACCAUCUUCAAAGACAGCUCUCCAUACUAUACAAUUGUCUCAUUUGAAGGUUACCAGAACAUGCAUCACCGCUAUCAGAGACUGGUAAAUUAAUAAAGUAUACAACUUUUCCAUCCAAACCCAACUGUCUAGCAAUAGACAGAAGCAUAAGCCUGUGAGAUAGCUGAGUUAGUAAAGCUAAGAGUCCUAUGCUCUCAGGAUGAUGGGUUUAAGCCCCAUAUGGGACAAAAAUAUUCCUACAUUGCAGGGGGUUGGACUAGAUGACCGUUGUGGUCCUUUCCAACUCUACCAUUCUAUGAUGCAAAGUUUGCUAGACCCCACAAAAAGACCCCUACAUCAGAUGUAGCCCUACUGCAGCCUUUUUUUGUAAGGUGCCCGCCAGGGUAUUACUAGCACUAAAACUUCCAUGCAUGAGCACUGGUCAGAUAAUAAAAGUUGAAGUCAAAACAUCUGGAAGGCACUAGGUUUGAGAAGGCAGCUCUACUGCUUUCAGUUAUGGCACACAAUUACAAAUAUUAUGGAGCUCCUUAUUCAGGUAGAUGAGGAAGCAAACUUGUGGGAAGGUAAACUAAUUUAAUUGAUUUCAAAUUAGCCAUAAGCUUAGAUUCACACACCAACACUUAAUUAAAAGAAAUCUGCUGCUGCUCUUUAUAAUCAACUUGAAUUGAGCUGAUUCUUUCCAAGAAUAGUGAUACAGUUUGGAACACACUGCUUCAAAAUUCUUAAGAUUCCGUAUUUGCCCCUGGUUCUUUUUAAACAUGUUUCACUAUCUAAGACAAGCCUGAAACCUAUAUAUACACACUAUCAUUUUAGUUCCAAGUAUCCCCCCACAGCAUACCUCUGCCUAAUCUGGUCCAGUUUUUCAGGAUCUGUGACUACAACCUGAACACCAAGCUUCAUUUUAGUCUUCUGUAAGCUGAAGUCAAGGCAUGCAAUCUUUGCAUUUACUAUUCUCUUGGGCAUACCUUUAAAAAGGAAAAAAAACAUACCACACAUCCUAGGUUGUUUAUUAAAAUACAGUAUUUCAAAAUUAUUUUUAAAAAUCAAGUUAGGAAUAUUCUUUAAAAUGUGCUAUUAGUAAUUCUUGUAACAACGUUAUUCACCAAAGACUCAUUUUCUUCAAACCCACUCUGUUCAUAAACCCUCUAGUCUAAAUCAGUGUCCAUCCAUUCAAAUCAUGCAUUAUUGGUUGAUACACUUUUACACCACAAAUCUUUAGACAUCUACUAAAAAGUGAGUCCCACUAAAUUCAGAGGGCUUACUACCAGGUAUGAGGGUGCAGAAUUGCAGCCCGACACAGAAGAGGACCAAAUGUCUCCUACCGUUUAUUCAGUAUCAUACUUUCACGUUAAAUGGAAGUGUUAACUAUAUUUUAUGCCAUCUACUAAUACUUUAGGAUUCCUCAGAAAAAGGAAGUGCAUGUGUGUCUUUGCUGCUAACACAAAACUCUAUUGCUUUGUUGAUAAGAAUGUGACCUUACUUUGGGAGCCCACAACACAGUUCAACGCAUAGCCAUUCACAAGAAUGCUCUCUUUCUGACUGCGACCAUGUGCCUUCAAAACGUUAAUGGAGUUGAUGGGAUAGUGUGCUUGCCCUUUUGAAUCUGUGUAUUUUACUGCAAGUGCAGCAUCCACUACCAUGUUGGCAAAGAAGUCACUGUCACUAUAAGAAAACCGUUAAGGAGAAUAGGAGCAGUUGAGCAUCUAUUAAAUUUACUGCACAUCUCAGAUUAAAAAGACAUUAUAAAUAUCCAAGAGGGUUUCAUAGUAGCUAAGACUAAAGUCAUUAUACAUAUGCAAGUUCUCUGGAAAGACAUUCUUAAAGGAAUGCCAAUCAGGAUUAGACCAUGCCUUUAUACCUCCCCCACUACAUAUUGAAGGAAUGGGUUUCUGUGUAGUCAGUUUGAAACGGACCCCCCCUUUCUUCUUUCUCCAAGGAAGCAUUUCUAAAACGCGUCAACUUGAGCUGUUGAGCAAAAUGCAUAACAAGAACACAGCUCUCUCCUUUAUCAGUCACAGCAAUGGAUGACCUUGGCUGUUCCAGUGGAGUAGGGAUGACAUGUCUGGGUCUUAUCUUACCACACUCUGACGCACAGACCUAGUCCAGGAACAGCGCCAGAGUGUGUUCUUGGAGUUGGUGACCUCUUGCUCCAAGACAAGAGUAUAGGAACAGGAAUAUCCUUUUAUGGUCAGAAGUACAGGAAGGAAAACCCUUCUAUGGUUAAGAGUACCAGAGCAGGAACAUCUGUGAUGUCAACCUGCGUGUACAAGCUGACAUGCCUCGAUUCCUGGGGAAGUGGGUGCCUGGAGGAUAUAUAUACUGCAUGAAAUCUCUCAUUUCUUUGGACUUGCUGUGGACUGACCACGCAAGUGCCUUUCUGCUGCUCCGGAGAGCAGAAAUAAAGAACUCUUUCUCUG